CCACAUCUGGACCAUCUGGACCGGGAGGAGUUGCUCUCCAAACCUCGUUACAGCCGACACAGAACCGACCAUGCAGAAUGUGCGGAAACGUCGGAGCGACGACUCCCACAGCACUCCCAGUGUCUCUAAGGAAAAUGUGCCAGUGAGGAAAGGGCAGCACUUCCACUUUGACCUGUGGUUCUGUCUGACUGUGCAGAACUGGAUCCUGGACUUUGGAAGGCCUAUUGUGAUGAUCAUCCUCCCUCUGGAGUGGUUCCCCCUGAAUAAGCCCAGUGCCGGAGACUAUUUCCAUAUGGCCUACAAUGUCAUCACACCAUUUCUAAUGCUCAAGCUGAUCGAGCGCAGUCCCAGGGCCUUGUCUCGCACAGCCGUGUACAUCUGCAUCAUCACCUUUGUUAUGGGAGCCAGCAUCCACCUGGUGGGAGACUCCAUCAACCACCGACUCAUCCUGAGUGGCUACCAGCUCCACCUGUCAGUCAGAGAAAACCCCAUCAUCAAAGACCUCAAACCGCCGUCGCUGAUUGACUCAUUUGAGCUGCUGUAUUAUUACGAUGAACACCUGGGACACUUGAUGUGGUACAUUCCUUUCUUCAUCAUUCUCUUCAUCUACUUCAGCGGUUGUUUCUCCAACUCUGCAGAAAGCAAGAAGAUUCCUGUUUCUGGUUGGCUGCUGCUGGGACCCAGCGCUCUCUACUAUUGGUACUUGGUCACUGAAGGACAAAUCACUGAGCUCUUCCUGCUCACUUUCUUUGCCAUGGUUGCCAUGGUGAUGUUUCAGCGACACAAAGGCUUCAGCCCAGACAGCAACGGCCAGUUCCUCUUCCUUAGCUUUAGUGUCACGGUGCUGCUGGUGGCUCUGUGGGUGGCCUAUCUGUGGAACGACCCGGUGCUACGCAACAAGUACCCAGGACUCCUUUAUGUCCCGGAGCCCUGGUCCUUCUACACCCUGCACAUAAAGAAGAGCCACUGACUCGUGCGUCCAGGUGGUCUGCGUUUCCAAAGACAGAAGUAAACAUCGGCUACCCUGAAACCACAAAGGCAAACGCUGGAUUGACCUCCCUGUGAGCAUGCAGAAUUGUUGGCGUCAGAGGAAAACCUUUCUUGUCUUUAUUCCGUCCUGAUGCAUCAGACAUGUUCCUCUAUGUGAUUUUAUACUUGCAGAUGUGACAGACGUACAGCAAAGUGACAUCUCUGGGGUUCAUGCAUCAGUACAUUUAAAAAAAAAAAAAAAAGUCUCCAAAAGACCUUGAAAUGAGUUGAAAACCUCAGGAGAACAAAAAAGGACAUACAAUGCGAUAUCACAAUGAGAAGCUUUUAUAUUCUCUGAAAAAGAUUUUUUUUUUCCUUUGUCUCCUUAUACAUAAGACUUUAAAUGGCAUACUCCCAUUUUGACAGAACUAGAUAUACUUCAAUUAUUUCUUUUGAUGAAAAAUAUAUAAAUGUUUUUGCUAUUCUAAAUGUUCAGGUGAUGUGCAUGAAAAGGUUUUCUCUGUGAUUAAAUUCAAAUUAAGGCCUGAUAUUUAGUCAGUAAAAGCCUUGAUGAGCCUUUUCACAUGUUUUUCUAUCAGUUUUACUCAGAAAUCAACCAUCCUGCUCUGAGACUGAGCUCAUCUCAUCCAACAGACAAUGAAAGGACAACAAUGACAAAAGCAUUGUGUGUUGAACUUCAAUCCUUUUAGAUAAGAGCUACGAGUCAUCUCUAUUGCUAGAGCUUGUUAGAACAUGGUGAUACCGUUAGGUCGAGAGAGAUGUUAGGAUUUUGCCCUUUUAAUAAAUGACCACAAUUUGAAACAAAACAGUCAAGAUGGGAUGCAACUGAUCACAAAGGUUUCACAGUUACAGCAGUUUUAACCACAAAAAACAUGAAUCCACUAAGUUCCCUCGUGUGAAGCAGACAAAAGGUCUGGAGAGAACAUCGGGUAUUGAGUUGGCUGCUUUUUAACUGGAGUUAUUGAUAUAA